UCGGCACAACAAUACUUUGACGAAGGGAAUGAAUUCUUUGCUGACCAAAAGUACGACGAAGCCGUGAAAAGCUUUGUUGCCGCUAUUAAUCAAAAUCCAAAUGACUAUUUAUAUUAUUUUAAACGUGCUUUAACGUACUUGGCUUUAGAAAGAAGUUCCUCUGCCCUUCAGGACUUUACUACAAUAUUAAAAUUGAAGCCUGAUUUUGACAAAGCACUGUUACAACGUGCUAAAAUAUAUAUAAAGGAAGGAUCGUUAAGUGAAGCUAAAGCCGAUUUGCAACAAUACCUACAAAAAAACGAACAAGAUAUUGAAGGUCAAAAAUUGCUUGUAUCAGUUAAUUCAGCAGAGACUCAUAUAAAUACAGCUGAAGAGGCUAUUAAGUCUGAGAGUCAUGAAGCGUGUAUAGAAAACAUUUUCAAGGCGAUAAAAAUUUCUCCACAUUCUCCACGUCUAAGGUUAACUAGAGCACAAUGCCAUUUAGCAAAGGGAGAAGUGGAAGAGGGGGUUCGGGACUUGUCUCUUAAACAAUGCCUUCGUUAUGAUCCCGAGCACAAAGCAUGUAAAACACUUCAUAGAUUUAUUAAAAAGAUUGAAAAAGCAGUGGAUAGAGUUAAUAAUGAUAUUGAGGGACACAGAUGGAAGAAAGCAAUAAGUAAGUUGUUAGAACCACCAAAUGAAGGCCUUAUAAAUGAAAUUGAAGAAGAACUUCAGAAUUUGAACGAAGGUCGUCAACGAAAUGAAUUGUUAGCAAAAUUAUACGGAUGGACAUGUAAAGCAUAUAAAGAGUUAAGAGAAUAUAAAAAAGCGUUGAAAUGGUGUGGUAACACUUUGAAGCUAGAUGAAAAUAAUGUAGAAGCACUGAUUAAUCGGGCUGAAGUAUUAAUAGAAGAAGAAGAUUAUGAAGCAGCAUUAAAUGAUUACAAAAAAGCUCAUGAUUUGACGCAAGGACUUGACAAUCGUAUUAAACAAGGCUAUUUAAAAGCUGAUCGUAUGCUCAAACAGUCUAAGAAGAAAGAUUAUUACAAAAUUUUAGGUGUUUCAAGGAAAGCGGAUAAGAAAGAAAUCAAAAGAGCAUAUCGAAAAUUGGCACAAGAAUGGCAUCCUGACAAAUACAAAGGUGAUUUAUCUCCGGAUCAAGUUGCCGUUAAAAUGAGUGCUAUAAAUGAAGCUUAUGAACUCUUGAGUGAUGAUGAAUUACGAGCGAGAUUUGAUAAUGGUGAAGAUCCAAACGAUCCAAACAGUGGUGGCUCACCGUUCUUCUAUUCUGACAAUAAUCCAUUUAUGCAGCAAUUUGGCGGUUUUCCAUUUACUGGUUUUCCGUUUAGUAGUGGCGAAAGCAAACAUAAUGUAAUUUUGAAAGUUCAAACUACUAAUGAUACUAAACCAGAUAUGAUGGUGGCAAAGGCAUUAAAUGAUCUGAUCACGGAAGUUGGAUACCUUAAACAAAAAUUUGUGGAAGAACUUGGUCGUGCAAGAGCACUUGUAAUACCCAGAGAACAGAAACCGAUGGAAGAACAAACACCGUUAGGUAUACCCUCGGCCAGAGACAAUAUUCCUAUUGGAAAUACUGGUGUGG